ACGCAUUUUACGACAGCAGUAAUUGCUUUCCGGCAGAAGUAGGUUACAAAAAGGUGCGCGUUUCUAGGGAGAUAGAUAGGGAAUGGUCCUUUGAGGAAGAUGUAGAAGACGCGAGCUUCUCAGCAUGAGAGAGAAGAGAGAUAGAUGCAAGUAUGGUGAAAGACUCCUGUGGUUCGUAUGAUGGAAGGACUGGGAAAGGAGAGAUCAACAUGUGGCGCUAGAUCCUUCCCAUGGCUCGCUCACACCGAAACAGAGGCUUCAACCCUGCUAUGGAAGCUCAAGGACUGCUUCUCCAGCAAUCACAUGGACAACAGAAAGGCUGUACUGGAUCUGAAAGAUGUCCCUCCUCCACCACUGCACCAUACUUCCUCUUCCCAGUUAUCCCAGCCCUUCUCUCUGUCCUCUCUCCCAUUGCCUCCUCCCUGCUUGCCGCCGCCUCCCCCUCAGCUUGCACAAGACUCCCUCCAACAACAGCCGCCACCACCUCAUCAGCAACGAGAGGGGGCUAGCCCCAAAGUAAGCAUCUGCGAGCACUGUGACUACAACAGCACAGAUGGCUUUGGGUUGUUGGGUGGCAGAGGUGUUGUUGGUAGCGGCAGCAACGCUGCGGGAGUUGUUUCGCUUUAUAUGGCCCCAGGGUCUCUGGGAGCACCGAUCAGUACUAGUAGGUCCGGGCCUUGUUCUGUAGCCUCAUCUGUUCAUCAGUAUAAACAUAAAUUUAGCUGUGGCACUGGAGGUGAAGCUUUUGAUCCUUUAUUCAGUCUUGGUUGCAAACCUCAGCUGUCCUCUUCUGUUGCUACCUCUCAACCUAUUUCAUCACACCCCUACCUCCCCUGCUGCUCAGGGCUUCUCCACACCUACCCAGCUGUACCUCUUUCUUUCAGUCAAGCCAGCCUCUUUCCCUCUUCAGCACCGAUGGCAUCCUCUCUCCCCUCUGUUUCCUCUUUACCUGCUAGCUUGCAUGGCUCUUGCCUGACCUCUUCUGGCUUUUACACAUGUGGUGUGGACUGCAGCGCAUCAGCCAGAAGAUCCCAAGGAAGUAUAGUCGGUGGUCACCCAAGCACCAGCACCAUCACUACUACAGCCACUUCAGCACACUUCUUCUCUAAUCCUAUGCACCUAAAUGUUGAACGCACUGUUUGUGUGAAGGGGGCACACUACUGUCAGGAGUGCUUAUUUAAGGUCACCCAGAAGGCCACGGCGAGCAACCCGCCCCUGCCACACCCCUGGUCCGGAGGAAUAAUUCCGACGCUUAAUAAUUGUACUUUUCAGGUUACUGUUGCACAUAUUAAUGCCACAGCCAAGAAUGCUGCAGAUGACAAACUUCGUCAGAGCCUACGGCGCUUUGCUGAGACGCACACUGCACCUGCAACUGUUGUACUGGUAUCCUCUGAUGUGAAUUUUGCAAGCGAGUUGAGUGACCUGCGUCAUCGCCAUGGUUUCCACGUAAUCCUGGUUCAUGGCAGCCAUACUUCUUCAGCUCUACUGCAGCAUGCCAACAGCCAUGUGCCCUUUCAGGAGAUAACAGCAGAUCUGCCACCACGCAUGCUUGUCAAAGCGCAGCCCAGUUUCAACCUCCUCUAUGUGCACAACCUCCCUCUCAACUGUGACAAGAACAUGCGGAACGCUGUGAAGCUCAGGCUCCGCCGGCUGUCAGACAACUGUGGCGGCAGAGUACUUGGUGUGUCCCAGGGCACAGCAGUCCUCCGCUUUGGCAGCCCUGAGGCAGCUACACGUGCCCGCAAGCGAAUGGAAAAUGAGGAUGUGUUUGGCCACAGAAUCAGCCUCUCCUUCUCCCCGCGGCCCAGAGACGAUGCAAGUCCUGAGUCUGAGCUUCGUUCUCAGCCCCAUCACUUGCCUCAGACUCUGGCCCGGACCUCUCAAACCCAGGAUUCAAUGAAAUUCCCUGAAAAUGAGCUCUACGGUAAAGCAGUUCUUCCUUUCUUUGGCAUUUUGAAUCCUGUCUGCAGACAGCACUAUUCACUGCAGGACUUCAGUGAGGCCGACUUUGACCCUGAUUCCUAUAAAAUCCCAUUUGUUGUGAUGUCUCUGAGCACACUGGCCUCAGAGGUGCACAGUCUGCUGCAGUCACAUCAGGGCACACUUCCACUCCUCAGUUUUCCAGACUGUUAUGCAGCAAAAUUCAGACCGCUUCAACUUGGCAAUGAGUCACUGGAAGGUGGUGUUCCUCUGGAGCACCUCGUCACCUGUGUUCCCAGUAUCACAGUAGUCACAGCUCAAAAUGGUUUCAAAGUCAUCAAGUGGAUCAACAAUAAACCUCCGGCGCCAAACUCUGAGCCAUGGAUUCAACGCUGCAAGAGUCCAGUCGGCAAUCCACAGCUCAUCCAGUUUAGCCGGGAGAUUAUUGACCUCUUAAAAAGUCAGCCGUCAUGCAUAAUGCCAAUCAGCAAAUUCAUUCCCUCAUAUCAUCAUCACUUUGCCAAGCAGUGCCGCGUCUCCGACUAUGGCUUCUCUAAGCUGCUGGAGCUUCUCGAGGCUGUGCCACAUGUUCUGCAGAUCUUGGGUAUGGGUACAAAGCGUUUACUGACUCUAACUCACCGAGCUCAAGUUAAACGCUUCACCCAAGACCUGCUUAAACUGCUUAAGUUUCAAGCCAGCAAACAAGUGGCAAUCAAGGACUUCAUGCAGGCAUACCAUUGGUGCUUCUCCAGAGACUGGAGAGUAACUGACUAUGGGAUAUGUGACUUGAUGGAUCUGCUGACGGAGAUUCCUGACACCACCAUCACCAUCACACAACAGCCCACCGACACAGUCAUCUCAGUUCCUAAGAGGGAGCGUACUAUGGAAGAACUGGAGCGUACCAAGCAGUUUGGGAAGGAGGUGGUGGACCUGCUUCGCCACCAGCCUCACUGUCGAAUGCCCUUCAGCAAGUUUAUACCAACUUACCACCACCACUUUGGUCGCCAGUGUAAGCUCAGCCACUAUGGGUUCACCAAGCUCAUUGAGCUCUUUGAGGCAAUCCCUGAUGUCCUGAUGGUGCUGGAGUGCGGUGAGGAGAAAGUGCUGUCUCUCACUGAGGUUGAACGUAUCAAAGCUCUGGCAGCUCAGCUGGUCAAGCUGCUGCGGGCUCAGAAAAACUCCAGUCUGCCUGUGAGCCAGCUGCUCACGGAGUACAGCAAAACCUUUGGUUACGGGCUACGCCUGCAGGACUUGGACGCAAGCUCCCUGCCUGCUCUGCUGACCAAACUCUGCCAUGUUGUCAAGGUGGUGGAUGGCGCGGAUGGUCGGGAAGUGCAGCUGAUCAACAGGAAGUCUCUGCGCUCUCUGACCUCACAGCUACUGGCACUGCUCAUGUCCCAGGAAGAUGAGAACGUCACCAAAGGUUUGAAGGUGGAGGAGCUGAGCCAGUAUUACCUAAGCGUUCACGGAGUUGCGCUAAACCCAUGUGAAUAUGGGUUCCUUUCUCUCAGCGAGUUACUUAAGAGCCUUCCAUACCUGGUCGAGCUGUACCACGAGGAAACUGAUGAUACCACUCAAGCUGCCAGCAGUCAUGGGGAAGAAUUUGUGAGGCUAACCAGGCUUUACCAGUUUGCUCGUAAUGUACGCGCGCUGCUCCACACCUACCAUUACAACCAGAUCUUCCUGACUGAGUUCCAGGGAGCAUACAACAAAUUCACAGGCUGCAGCCUUGAUCCACGUUUCUGUGGGUACACCAGCAUUGAUGAGCUGCUCAGUGCGAUUCCACAGGUGAUCUGGAUCAAAGGGCAUGGUCACAAGAGGAUUAUCGUUUUGAAGAACGAUAUGAAAGCAAAACCAAGCUGUUCAGUUCCCAACAGCCCCCAGCCAGAGAACACCGAGAGCCCGAGAGACAGCCCGAUUAGCAGUGCAACAUCUGGAGCUCAGAGUCCAGGUGCUGAUGCAGCUGCAGAGUCAGAGCUGCUGUGUCUGUCGUCUCCAGUGGACCUGCUGUGUGGCCCUGUUCCAUCCUGCCUACCGUCGCCUCAGCUUCACCCCGACCCCGUUGUCGUCCAGCAGGCGGAUCUGAUUCACUUUGAGGAGAGAACUCCUCCACUACCAACAGACGUCACAGCUGAUCUACCUGCAAAGCGUGAUGGCAGCACAGAUGACUCUGCAGACCCCAGAGAACCACCACCACCUGACACAAAGACCCUCCUGUCCAUGGACAGUCCCAGCAGAAGAGCUUCACGUAGUAGAAUCAAAUUAGCAGCCAACUUCUCAUUCACAGCAGGCCUCUGAUCCUCUCAUAUAUACACAUACAGUCUCACAUACAGCAAUACAAGUUUACAUACAGUGUAACUCUAAAUAAAAGAGUUGAACGGCUACACUAAACACAUAACACAGAA